AAAAUCCAUUGUCCAAGGAAGUAAAAAACUUUAUAAGCGGCGGACAACCAGAAAAUUAUUUUCCGACAGAGAAACACACAGCGAAGAAGUUGUCUUAAAACCUUCCGAAAACAAAAACUGUUGAAAGAUGGCGAGAGAAAAAACUAGUUGUUUGAGCAGAAUCGCUGCCGGAGCUGCCAUCGGCGGCGCACUUGGCGGCGCUGUAGGUGCUGUCUAUGGAACUUACGAGGCGAUUGCUUUCAGGGUCCCUGGGCUUAUGAAGAUAAGGUACAUAGGGCAAACAACCGUGGGCAGCGCUGCAAUUUUCGGACUUUUCCUAGGUGCUGGCAGUUUGAUACACUGUGGAAAAUAAGCGUCAAGUUUGAGACCUUGCAAAAAGUCUCAUGGUGAAAGAUUUGUUUUUUAAUUAGUAUUCUGGAUGAAUUGUCUUAUGUGUUUGGCUGCUAUAUGAAUUAUCAUCUCUUGGAUUUUGAUGCUUGUUAUUCAUUUUGCCUUCUAUACUUCUCUUAAUGAAAAGAUCAUGUUACAAGGAUCUUAAUUUUAGAAUA